CUGUGGAUUUGAGGGAAUGUGACGGGACUGAGGCGGCAGAAAGAUCGAUGAUUCGUUCCCCCGAGACUCGCGUAGAAAACUUGGCUGCUACCCUAAUCGAUCACGAUCAUGUUGCAGAAUCUUCGCCGCAAGAGAUCACUAUGCAGGAGCCGUCGAAGCAGAAGGAGCAUUGGUGGGAUUUUGGGAUGGUGCUCUCUGAUAUAAAUAAUGAAGAUGCGUCGGUGGAUCUGAUGAAUAUCAAGGAGGGUCUAAUGGAUAGAAGGGUCGCGACCUUGCACAGAAGCAUGAGCAGAGGUAUGGGUUUCGCAUUGGUAGAUUUGAAACUGUAUGGAUUUGGUCAUUUUGCUAAGGUGGAAUCUGUAGAUUUCUUUGUCUGUGAUCUCAACGACGCGAGCCAGCCCUACGAAUUUCGCAAGGCUGGUCAGCUGAUUGGACCUAAGAUAUCUCCUAUUGUCAUUCCGUUCCCAGAAACAAAGCAGAUUUUAGUCAUUGCAACUGGUCGUUUGCGACUUGGAGAUAGUCGGGAUCCACCAGUUAAGGGUCCGUAUUGUGAGCUGUUAGAUCUCCCAUCAGAGGACAACGGUGGCCUGUAUAAAUGUAAAGCUAUCUCUACCCUUUGGGACGACACCUAUGGUUAUGUCGGUUGUACUCCCAAUUCCACAUCUCAUGCUGUGGUAGGGAAUCGUCUCUAUAUCCAGAUUACUGCUGGACAAUGGAAUUAUAACCAACGUCUGUUCUGUUUCGACAUAAAGACCCAUGAGUGGACUGAAGUAGAAGAACGCGCAGAUUGUCCUUUUCUAGAGCCCCUUGAUCGAUUCUGGAGAUAUUUGAAUGAUAUUUCCAGGGAUAAAUUGUUUGUAGUGCAUGUUGAUAGCUCUGGUUCCGAGUUGAUGCACUUUGUUGGGUUUACGAGCUUGACGGAUUUGAGUGGGAAGAGGUACCUUGGAAAACUAGAGCAUCGUGAAUAUCUCGAAAGGAUUGUGACAGCUCUGCCAGAGCUGGAAAAACUUCUGACUGAUAAAUACUCAGAUUAUAUUGGAGGUGCGGGGUGGGUGAUGCGUUUGUUGCCUGAUGAUGAUAACUUGUUUUGUCUCUUUCUGUGGUUACUAGGUUCUAAUGUAACUGAGUACCUCUUGGCCUGUAAGUUUAAGUUGUGUGAAGGCCAGCGGCAGAACUCUGAUGUUGCUGCCAUGGAUGCUGACAAUGAUAUUGCCACCCUUGGUGAAUCAAGCUAUGACUGCGAGAUCUUGUCCCAUACACUAUACGAAAAUCCUUUCUUAACGAAUCGUAUGCCUCUAUAUGUCUUUACUCCUGCUGCCAACUACGGUGAGUUCCUUUCUUCUUCCUGUACUCUUACACUUGUUACUGCAUAUGCAUGUCUGUCUGUGUUUGCUUUUCUCAUUAUCAUCCUUUUAACAACUCAAUGCUCAAUGAUUGUCUCAUCCUGUAAUCAGCGAUGGAAUGUAUGUAGACUGGUUGAUAUGGACUUCCAGAGGGUAUUGUCAUUGUGCUAUUAUUGGUGUUGUUCAUCAUGUUGGCCAAGAUGCUCUCUUCAACGUGUUAUGCUGCCAAAGCGAGAAGGAAUGCUGACUUUACUGUAUUUGACAUUUCUGGGUUCUGUAACUUGUGGAUUUGGUUUGAUAUCUCUGAAUACCCCAAGUUUCCCUGCUGGUUCAUUUACUUAAUGAAUAUGUUAAUUAAUAGGGUAGACAUUGACUGAUUAGCUGGGAAGAAAUGAGUAGGGAGACUUGUCAAUCUCUUAACUUGUUGUCGAAAAAAGAAACAACAUUUUAAGAGCAAUCGUUCAACUAUUUUCUUGUUUUGUGGUAUGUUAAUAUUCUGCACUAUUCUCUAGUUGCGUAGAUGAAGAAUCGAGCAUCAAUGGUGGCGUUCUGCCUAAGUUGCUUAACACUUUGAUGGUCUCUGCACUAAUUGAGACAUGAAGGUUAGGUCUUUGAUGGUUUAUGUUCUGUAUUAUGAGAAUCGAAUCCAGGC